CUUUUGGCUUGAUUUAUGAUUGUUAUUGCUGUUGUGCGUUUGCUUGGAAUACUUUCCGCAGCUGCUUCACUGCUGUCCGCCAUGGACCUAACGGCGGAUCCGUGCGAUGAUUUCUUUCAAUUUGCAUGCGGCACCUGGAACAAGAUGCAUCCCAUACCAGAGGAUCGCAGCUCGAUCAGCACCUUUGAGGUGCUCUCCGACCAGCAGCAGCUGGUGCUGCGUGGCGUUCUGGAGGAACCAGUCGAUGAGCACGACAAUGCGGCCACGGUCAAGGCGAAGGCAUUCUUCAAGAGCUGCAUGGAUCUGCCUCAGAUACGCAAGGUUGGCGUCGGCCGCCUCAAGAGGGUGUUGCGCUCCCUGGGCGGCUGGCCCGUGAUCGAGCGCGACUGGCAGCCGCCGGCGAACUUGAGCGUGGAGCAGGUGAUGGGCCAGCUGCGAUUCAACUAUAGCGAAUCGGUGAUGAUCGAGCUGUACGUGGGCGCCGACGAUAAGAACAGCUCCGUGAACAUUAUCCAGAUGGAUCAGCUGCAGUACGCGCUGCCCUCGCGCGACUACUAUCUGAAGCCGAACAGCGAGAACGAUCGCCAGGCGUACCACAAGUACAUGACCCAGAUCUCGUUGCUCCUGGGCGCCGAUCCGGCCACGGCGGCCGACGAGCUGCGCCAGGUGAUUCAGUUCGAGACGGAGCUGGUGAAUGUGUCGCUGGCGGAGGCGGAUCGGCACGACACGAGCGCCGUUUACCGUAAGCUGACGCUGCCGGAGCUGCAGGAGCGAGUGCCGGAGCUAAACUGGACGGAGUAUCUGCAGACGGCCGUCGGUCCGGGCAUUCAGCUGGACGCCAAUGAGCCGCUGGUGACCUACGGCCUGGUCUACCUGACCGAAAUGGGUCGCAUAUUGCGCGAGACGGAGCUGCGCGUCGUCCACAACUAUAUGCUCUGGCGCCUGGUCAUGUCCCUGAUGACGCACAUGAUCGACGAGUAUCAGCGGGAGCGCGUGGAGUUCCGCAAGAUCCUGCUGGGCAUACAGUCGGAGCGGACGCGCUGGUCCCAGUGCGUCGAGUGGACCAACAAGAAGCUGGGCGUGGCCGUGGGCGCUCUAUUCAUACGGGACAAUUUCAAUCAGGACAGCAAAGAGGUCGCCCUCGAGAUGAUACACAACAUCCGGGCGGCAUUCAAUGAGCUGCUCGCCGAGAACCACUGGAUGGACGACGAGACGCGCGCCGUGGCCAAAGAGAAGGCGGACUCGAUGAACGAACGCAUCGGCUAUCCGGAGGUGCUCACCAAUGUCACGGAACUGGAGCAGGAGUAUGUGAACCUGACGAUCGUGCCGGACAAUUUCCUGGACAACGUGUUCAGCAUUCUGCAGUGGGAAUCGGAGAAGCUGCUCAAUUUGCUGCGCCAGCCGGUGGACAAGGAGAAGUGGACCACAGAGCCCGCCGUGGUCAAUGCCUUCUACAAUCCUAACAAGAAUGAUAUAGUAUUUCCGGCUGGGAUUUUGCAGCCGCUGUUCUAUAGCCAGCAUUUUCCAAAGUCCUUGAACUAUGGCGGCAUCGGCGUGGUGAUCGGCCACGAGAUCACCCACGGCUUCGAUGACAAGGGUCGGCAGUUCGACAAGGAGGGCAACAUGAUGCAGUGGUGGAACAAUGCCACAAUCGAGGCAUUCCGUGAGCGCACCCAAUGCGUCAUCGAUCAGUAUUCGCGCUACAAGAUCAACGAGGUGGACAUGUUCAUGGACGGGCGCAUGACCCAGGGCGAGAAUAUCGCCGACAAUGGCGGCCUCAAGCAGUCAUUUCGAGCCUACAAGAAGUGGGAGAGGCUGAAUGGACGCGAACAGCAGCUGCCGGCGCUCAAUAUGACGCACGAUCAGCUCUUUUUUCUCAACUAUGCACAGAUCUGGUGCGGCAGCAUGCGGCCGGAGGAUGCGUUAACCAAGAUCCGUUCCUCGGUGCAUUCGCCCGGCUUUGUGCGCGUCCUUGGGCCGCUCUCGAAUUCACGGGACUUUGCGAACGCCUACAACUGUGCCGUGGGCACCACCAUGAAUCCGGCGAAGAAGUGCAGCGUCUGGUAGUCAUGAGUACACAAUCCCAAGGACACGAUCAUCAGCAUGUUCCUGACGACAACGGAUCGCGAGCGAAUCACAUCAUGAUCAUCAUCACAAACAGCGUUUGGUCAGCGAUUGGGAAUGGGAUCUGAAUCGUGAUGGGAUCCACUUGG